GAAGUAAUUGGGAAUGGAAAGGGUUAAGUGAAAGCGAUAAGGAAGUGAAAGGAUAAGUGAAAGUAUGAAAGAACGUUGUUAAGGUUAAGCAUGGGUGGGAAAGCAUAUAGAGAGUCUAAGGAAAGUAGGUGGGGUAAGUAGUCCACGCUAGGUAUCCAUAGGAGAUGUGGCGAAUCCACAUGAAUAUGGAGGCACCCAUAGGAGAUGUGGCGAAUCCACAUGAGUAUGGGGUAGAAGCCUAGUGGGGGGCUACCCACUGAGGAAAAGAGGAAAAGAGGAAAAGAUGAAAAGAUGAAAAGGAUAUGCAUUGUAGGGUUCUAGCUCAUGGUCGGGUACAGGAAGUUAAAGAAGUCAUAGGAUCGAGUCGGACUAGUAAGAUGAGUCGGUUAAGUCUAGGGAUGGCGUGCGUGGCAAUGAGUGAGAUCAUUGUAUUGAUUGAUUACUAGGUUGUUAGAAAUGAAUGGAAGUGUGUGUAGAAAUUACAGAUGGUGAUAGGAAAUGAUAAAAUGCAUUAAGUGAUUGUAGUGGCUAGUCAGUCCUAGUUCCCGCAUAGAGUAGUAUAGAGUGUCGUGCGGGCAGGCUGGUCUAGAGCCACUUCACUGAGUAACUUGUUGCUCACCCCCUCCAUUUCCAUUUUUUCCCUGUGCGCAGGACUGUAAGUAGAAGUAUAUGGAUGUGGGUGUGACGGUAUUUCAAAGAAGGUUAUGCGCUCGUCUCUCGGGACCAGUAACGGGACACGUAGGGUUGUCUAAAUGAGUAGACACGUGUCCAUAACGCCCCUUCGAUAACCCCGGUCGGACGCCGGGGGAUCGGGCUGUUACACCCUUGCUCUUCGUUGGAGUUUCAUCUACCCAUAGUUUCGAAUCGCUUUUUUCAUCUUCCUCUUUGAUUUCAGUGAAGAUACAACGAAAUCCAAGUGUUCUUCCUCUUUGUUGGUGCGAAAACUUAAGGUGCCAGGUCUAUUGGUUAUUGAUACACCUGGUCACGAGUCCUUCAUGAAUCUGUGGUCAAGGGGUUCAAGUUUGUGCGACCUUGCAAUUUUGGUGGUUGACAUAACGCAUGGGUUGGAGCCACAAACCAUAGAAUCUCUAAAUCUAUUGAGAAUUCCUAACUACUUCAGUAUGAUAAUUCUUAACCCUAUUUUAAAAUGGUCGAACAGUGUACUGUCCUGGAGGUCAAAGUUAUAGAAGGCCAUGGAACAACGAUUGAUGUUGUGUUGGUAAACUGUGUACUUCAUGAAGGUGAUCAAAUCGUCGUGUGUGGGUUACAGGGACCUAUAGUCACAACGAUUAGAGCGUUACUGACACCUCAUCCAAUGAAGGAGCUACGGGUGAAGGGUACUUAUGUGCAUCAUAAAGAAAUAAAGGCUGCACAGGGUAUAAAAAUUACAGCGCAGGGUCUUGAACACGCUAUUGCUGGCACUGCUCUGCACGUAACUGAACCUGAUGAUGACAUUGAAGCAAUGAAGGAGCAGGCAAUGGAAGACAUGGAGUCAGUUUUGAGCAGGAUUGACAAAAGCGGUGAAGGAGUUUAUGUACAAGCGUCUACACUAGGGUCACUGGAAGCGUUGCUUGAAUUCUUAAAGUCCCCAGCUGUGAAGAUACUUAUAAGCGGCAUCGGUAUAGGGCUUGUGCAUAAGACGGAUAUCUUUAAUGUUCACCCCAGUACUUUUAAAUUUACGGAAAGAUCUUUAUGAUUUCGCGUUAAACUUUAAAUGUCACUUUUGACUCUAUUAUAUGAAAAUGCAAUAUAUACAAAACUCAGAAAUUAAUCGUGGAGCAAUCCAGGAUUAGUUUUAAUUUUUUUAUUAUACUUUCUAGUAUAUAAGCUAGUAUACGUAUCAAAGUAACGUGAAUCAUAUGUGGUAUAGUGGUUUAUGUGUAUAAUUUUAUCUUGAAUAACUCGGGUUCGAGUGGAGGAAAGAACAAUUUUGAUGAUUUUUCAUUUUUUUGACUUAGGAAAGAAUAUACUCUGCGAGAUUUAGAUUAGAUUUCGUGUAGAAUUAGGAAAGUACAUCUUUAACCGAAUAUGGAAGUUUUUAUAUUUUUCGGAUUUGCCUACAAUAUGUAUAUUACCUUACGCAGAAUACAGUAGAGUAGUUGAGAAACAUAUUAUUCCUUUAGGCGUCACAUAAGGUAAAAGGAAGAACAUGUUAUGGCACAUAAUUUAGAUAAGGUAUAUUAUUGAGUUGUGGCUAUAUAUUGUUAUCAAGCUGUAGGUAUACUGAAGACAUCUUUCUUGAUUAUAACAUUUCGAAAUAUAGCUUGGUUAGAAUAUAUAAGAAAUGCUAGUUUACGUUGUAUACCCAAGAUAUAUCUAUGUAUAAAACUUAGUAUCUGAUUUCUAGACUAAGUAGAUGACCAGAAUGAGUAUUCUAACUGUAGCUAGAAGAUAAAAUAAAAUAUGAUUCCACUUUUUUUAAAAAAAAAAUUUAAACAUAUAUAUUGUCAUACUUAUGUUUUCAAUAGAUUUCAUAUUUUUUAACAUUUUUAAAAUUCAGUUUACUAUUUUAAUCGUAAAAGAAGGGUAAAAGUUGUCCAGAAUUGCCCAAAAUAUCAGAAGUCCUAUUGUGACAAAUAAAAGUUCAAAGUGUCACAUUUUUCCAAUUUUCCCUAUAUAAAAGUUAUCUUAUAUUCUCGUAUCAAACACUACGCCGCUCUUCGCCUCCACAUUCACUACUAAUUAAUUACCGUCUCCUUCAGCACUUGAUUCUUAGACGCUCAAGUAGAAGUAUCUGAUACACAAAUCUUCUCCUUCUAGAUAAUGGGGAACUGUCUGGCCAAACCGCCUCCUGUGGUGCUCGUUCCUCCCCUCUUUGAUUACCCUCCUCUCUCAGCUCGUAACAGGUAUCAUCUUCUACCGUAUAUAUAAAGGACACGGAAACUCAAGCCUUCUAUUGAUUUCCACUGGCAUCAUGAUGUAUUUGAGUACGUGCAUAUGUUCAGCUUUUAAUCAAAUGUUGAGGUGAUGCAUGCAGGAUGUUGGAAUCAUCUUACGAUUUGCUCUUUGGAAAGCUUGCACUGAAAUGUCUCUUUGAGGAUUACUUUGAAGUUAAAGACGCAGAUCACUUUUCUGCAAAGUUUAUGUUAAAGCCUACUGAUGACCCUCAUGUGGACUUGGUUGCAUCAGUAUCCUUUAGAAAUCUCUUCGUCUUUUAUAACAACACUCUAUGGUGCAAAUUUUAAGUUUCCUUAAAUAGUAAAAAAGGUUUCAUCCGCUGUAGAUGGUAAAGUAGAAGGAGAUGCAUCGUUUCGCUGGCAAAGGUAAUACAUAUAUGUCAUAUGGAUUUUAAACUUUUAUUUUUAACAAAAAGAACAAUGCUCAACAUCUUUUUAUGAACUUGUGCAGUGAAUAACUUUUGUUAAUCAGGGACCUCUCUCUCUCUAAAAUCAAAAACCUCCAACCUCUCUCUACUUCAUCUUCUCCGAUCUGCUCCGGCGGCUGUCAGUCGGGCGCGUGGUCGCCGGAGGCUUCUCCCUCUCCCUUUCCUCUCUUUAUUUUGCUCCGUUUGUGUCCCCUUUCGCCGACCCGUCGAGAUGCGUGGAGUUCUGGACGCAGCUCCGCCGCGGGGUCUCUAAUCUGCUCCGGGGAGGUUAGAUCCGUGGUUGGUAAGCUUCGAUCUGGAGCUCCUGUGAGGCUGUGAGGGUAGGGGUCAAGCGAAGUCGGCGUUUAGGGUUUGGCUAUGGCGGUUCUCAAUUUUACUUUGCAGAUCCCGUCGUUGCCUUCGGUUUGGAAGCGUGUGGUGGUGUGGUGGACUCUCUCCCCGUUGUCGUAGUGUUUGUUGUUUCGAAGAGCGUUCUUCGUUGUGGAGAGGAGUACAGAGCUUCUCUCUCAUUUCGGCUUGUGGUCUUGUCGAUUGGUCAGAGUGAUUCCUUCUUGCUCAGGGAAGGUGGUGGUUUCGUCGCCGGCACGUGCAUAGAGGUGUGGUGGCUGUGUGGUGGCUUCACGUCUGUGGUUUGGCGCGUGUAGCUGCGGUUUGUAGUCUGGAGUCUGUCGUCUAUGGCUGUGCUCCCCUCAUUCUUGUGGCUGCUCUUCCCUUGCUCAACCAUCCCCAUUUCACCUAUCGUGAUUUGCUUUGACCUUGCGGUUGAAGUUUGUUUCAGGCCUGCUUCUUGUUUUCCUUCGUCCCCUUCGCGGGUUUCUUGAAGCGCAGAGAAGACCGGUACAGGUUCUCUGUACCGGAGAUUGGUUUCACUGGUUAGAUUCUGGUUGGGUCAGUCGGGUCUUGCAGGUGUUGGGGGUAGCAAUCUUAAGUUUCCGUCAUCCCAGUGCGUGGUCGUUCGAGGUCCCUUGGACUCCUCGUAGACGGGUCUUUUCUUCUUUGCAGGUUAUGAAGAUUGCGGGUUGGUAUUGCUUCCUUAUCAGCCCGUUGUUUUAAGCUUAGUGGUUCGGUGGCGGCAGUAGCGAGUGCUUGCUCGUUUAGAGUGGCGUUUCAUGCGCUGUGUGGCGUUAAUUACAAACCCGGCUUUGGUGGCUUUGCAAGGUCUCGUGGUAAGUAUUUGGAUCUCCCUUCUAUUGCUCGUCUUGCGCUUCAUGACAGUGAAGGUUAUAUGCUUCGUGGAGUUCACCGGGAGCUAGCUACUCCGGAGACGACACAGGAAUUCCCGGCAUCCGAGGCAACAAGGAGAACCUCACAUUUCUGUGAUUCAUCGUCAAUGGUGAGAACAACAACCGGUUUCUGAAGGAUUUCGAAAAAUGAACUAGCGGAAUGUGCCGGGUUUAGUGGGCGGGCGAAGCUUGUUUGUAAUAGUUUGAAUUUGGAUAUUUUGUUCAAAGCGGGUUUGUAACCGGAUCUGAUUUGCCCGUUUUCGCGGGUCGGAUAAUAUAUAAAUUUAAAUUAAAAAAAAAAAAAAAAAAAAAGAACUUGUGCAGUGAUGUUGAUGAUCCUCAUACUUUUGUAGACCUCUCUGUGUCGACCACCAAUCCGUAAACUCCGUUCUACUUUCAUAUAUUCUUGGAACUUGUCUCAUUAUAGUAGUUUAACGUUUUGAAAUAACUCUUUUUGUUAUCAUCAAGGGUUCUGCGGGUGAGGUCUUCUGGUUUCUAUCCUAAAUAUGGGAUUGGAGCAUUUGUAGUCUCCCCUUUGAUUUCGAAAAAGAAGUAAGUUUCAUUUAGGAGAAGAGGCCUGCAAUGUUUUAUAGAUUUUAUGUUUUUCUAGAAGAUGAAGAUAUGUUGUUUCUGUAGUGACAAGUUAUUUGACGAACAUGGAAUCGUGGGGUUGAGAUAUGCCUCAACAAAUUUGUCUCUCGGAGCUAUUGUCUCUCCUUUUAGUAGUAAGCACAUCAACAUUUAUUUUAUUCUCUACAGCUUCCUGUUUACCUUUUUCGUAGGCAAUGCUGACCCUUUAAAUCCACAUUCCAGCAAAGGAAGAAUGGCCAAAGAAUGCAUGGCUGGUAAGAAAGAUGGGAAGACUUACAGUGGGAGUGCAAUAUGGCCGUUAUAUGGAAAAUAUGUGCAUUAUUUGAUUGAAAGUGGUACCAACACUAGUAAUGUGAAUUUGUGUUAGAUAAAAGCAAAGACACCGAAAAAUAUAGAGACCUAAGGAAUUGGAGUUGUGCGGCUAGCUAUGGACUAGGUUCAAGAAGCCCCUUAGGGCAUCUGUAUUGGGGGUCCCUUAAGGUAUCCCUUAGGGGAAGGGGGUGGGAACCGAGGAAGAAAGAGAAGGGAAAAGCCCUUAAUUAAGGGCUGUCCCUUACUCUUUAAUGACCAAAAAAAAAAAAAAAAAAAAAA